AGUCAUCUGCGCCAUCCGCUCCCCUUGACCCCGGAGAAUCACAUGUACACACUACUCAGUUGAUUUGUUGCCAUAUCUUGAGUCUUUCGGUUAAAGUCUUCAUCCCGUUAGCUUCUCCGUCAUCCCGCUGCUUCCCGGUUCCGUCGGGUCUCGUUGACCGAACUCAGGAGAUUGAAGAUGCUCGCUCCGGGCAGGACCGCGGCGGCCAGGCUGCUGGCGACCGGGAGAGGCUUUCCCCUGGGCCGGUGGAGCUCCGGGCUGAGCACCGGGGAGCAAGCUAUGAUCCAGCCCCGGGUGCUGGAGCAGGAGGAGCUCAGACCUCUGUACAUGGACUUCCAGGCCACCACCCCCAUGGACCCUAGGGUGCUGGAUGCGAUGCUGCCCUACCAGGUGAACUACUACGGUAACCCUCACUCCAGGACCCACGCCUACGGCUGGGAGAGUGAGAGGGCCAUGGAGGUAGCCAGAGAGCAAGUGGCCAAUCUUAUUGGAGCAGACCCCAGAGAGAUCGUCUUCACCAGUGGCGCCACAGAGUCCAAUAACAUGUCAAUCAAAGGCGUGGCUCGGUUCUACAAGGCCAAGAAGCGUCACGUGAUCACCACACAGACGGAGCACAAGUGUGUGCUGGACUCGUGCAGAGUGCUGGAGGCAGAGGGCUUCUCUGUCUCCUACCUGCCCGUCAAAGCCAACGGACUGGUGGACCUAGAGCUCCUGGAGGCGUCCUUCCGCCCGGACACGUCCAUCGUCUCCAUCAUGACCAUCAACAACGAGAUCGGAGUCAAGCAGCCGAUCAGAGAAAUAGGUGGCAUGUGUCGAGCCAGAGGCGUGUUCUUCCACACCGACGCCGCCCAGGCGGUCGGGAAGAUUCCCCUCAACGUCACCAAAGACAACAUCGACCUGAUGUCCAUCAGCGCUCACAAGAUAUACGGUCCUAAAGGUGUGGGGGCCCUGUAUGUGCGCCGGAGGCCCCGUGUGCGCCUGGAGGCGCUGCAGAGUGGCGGGGGCCAGGAGAGAGGUCUCCGCUCCGGCACCGUGCCCACGCCCCUGGCCGUCGGCAUGGGAGCCGCAUGCUUGGUGGCGCAGGAGGAGAUGGAGUAUGACCACCAGAGGGUGACGAUGCUUUCCAAUCGUCUCAUCAAUAAACUGACGUCUGAACUCCCUGACGUCAUUCUCAAUGGAGACCCCAAGGAAAGAUAUGCUGGUUGUGUCAAUCUGUCCUUUGCGUACGUUGAGGGGGAAAGUCUCUUGAUGGCUUUGAAGGAUGUCGCCCUGUCCUCUGGAAGUGCGUGUACCUCAGCCUCCCUGGAGCCGUCGUAUGUUCUGAGAGCCAUCGGGGCUGACGAAGACCUGGCCCACUCCUCCAUCAGGUUUGGUAUCGGUCGCUUCACCACGGCGGAGGAGGUAGACUACACGGCAGAGAAGUGUCUCCAUCAGGUCCGACGUCUCCGUCUGAUGAGUCCUCUGUGGGAGAUGGUCCAGGAGGGAAUUGAUCUGAAGAGCAUCAAUUGGUCGCAGCACUAGAGCCCCGCCCCUACCACCUCGAGCCUCGCCCUUGCAUACCUGAAGCGCUGCCCUACAUACCUGAAGCCCCGCCCCUACAUACCUGAAGCCCCGCCCUCUACAUACCUGAAGCCCCGCCCCUACCUACCUGAAGCCCCGCCCCUACCUACCUGAAGCCCCGCCCACAGCACCCUCCACCCUUCCCACCCUAUGAGGUCUCCUGUCAAAAAACACGCACAAACCCUUCCCCUCUGUCUGUCUGUCUGUCUGUCUGUCUGUCUGUCUGUCUGUCUGUAUCUCUCUGUCUCCCUCGGUCUCCGGUCCAGGUUCCCAGAAGAACAGAUGUAUUCUAUGUAUUUUGUGUGGUGACUCCACCAUGCACCAGCUAGUCACAUUAAUAUGAUCUUUGUAUUAUUAUUAUCUUUAUUCAGAGCACUGAUUCAUUUUACAUUAGUACAGUAACACAGAAAUUUUUUCAUGAUAGGAAACGUUUUAAAACUGUUACAUGACCAAUAAAUAUACUGGAUAUCAGUAUAGCAUAAACCACUGGAGAUUCUACAUGCUGUUAUUAAUCUCUGUUCCAGCUGAAAUAAAGAAUAUACUUUUAAAUUAUCCAUCCAUCUAUAUAUAUUUGUGAAAAAUGCUUCACAUAUUUUGGAACCGAAACGUUCAUACUAACUGUUUAACAUCAUCCUAAUCGAUAUAUGAAUUAAAACAAGAAUUACAUAUUUAGUAGGUAAAUAAUGUGUAACAUGUUACAGAUUGCAAAAACAAAUUGGAUUCCAUAUGUAGCCUGCGUUCAUUUUGUUGGUAGUGGGACGGGCUGCUCUGCCUCUACUGGCCUCCUUGCUUACCUGUCGGUUGGAGAGGCUGUGGGGAGGGGCUGAGAGGGUCCCAGACUCCCAGGUGAUGUGGUUCACCUGGGCAGCUUGGCCUGGCGCCUCCUCGACCCUUUUCAUUCUCAUCACGAAGACGUCGGGGUAAAAACUGGAGCCGAAUACGAAUAGAAAGCAAACUAAACUGUCAUCUUUUUGUGUUGAGGGCUUUGUUGUAGGUAUGGAGAUGUGAGGAACAGGUGAUUGUUCACCUGUUAAGACACAGCUGUUUGCUCUAAUUACUAUAACCAUAGCUCUAUAGAACUGGCAGUAUGUUGCAUGCUAUGAUAGCUCAUCAGCUCACCAGACACAUGACAUGAUUUGAAACUUGGUUGUUCUC